AUGGAGUGCCUGAGCGGGCUGAGUAGAGUUCAAUUGAUGAGAGGAAAAGGGGUGUUCUGCCACAGGUGCCCAAGUGCCAAGCUGAGAAUUGCUCGCCAGCCAGCAGCAACAGCAGGUAAACAGUUAUCUACCACCAACGCAGCAGCAGCAACAGCAAGUAAACAGUUAUCUACCACCAACGCAGCAGCAGCAACAGCAAGUAAACAGUUAUCUACCACCACCGCAGCAGCAGCAGUAGCAAGUAAACAGUUAUCUACCACUCCCGCAGCAGCAGCAGUAGCAAGUAAACAGUUAUCUACCACCACCGCAGCAACAGCAGCAGCAAGUAAACAGUUAUCUACCACCACCGCAGCAGCAGCAGUAGCAAGUAAACAGUUAUCUACCACCACCGCAGCAACAGCAGUAGCAAGUAAACAGUUAUCUACCACCACCGCAGCAGCAGCAGUAGCAAGUAAACAGUUAUCUACCACCAACGCAUCAGCAGCAACAGCAAGUAAACAGUUAUCUACCACCACCGCAGCAGCAGCAGUAGCAAGUAAACAGUUAUCUACCACCAACGCAGCAGCAGCAACAGCAAGUAAACAGUUAUCUACCACCACCGCAGCAGCAGCAGUAGCAAGUAAACAGUUAUCUACCACCACCGCAGCAACAGCAGCAAGUACACAAUUAUCUACCACUACCGCAGCAGCAGCAAGUAAACAGUUAUCUACCACUACCGCAGCAGCAGCAAGUAUAUAG